GUUCACACUUAUCCAUCUUAGUAUCUGCGGGAACCAGCCCCGGUUUUGAAACGAACCUUUUAGAUUUUCUUGAUCUUAUACAUAUGUAUAUUUAGGCAGUGUUGUUAUAAGUUUUUCUUUCUCCGAAAUAGUUGCACCUUUUCACUUAUUUGUAAACUCUGCAUUUAUGUCUAUCAAAAUUUUAUUUUUGAUGUAGAAAUGCAUCUGUAUGCUCCAGGAACGCUUUUGCGUCAAAAAUAAGAUUUUGAAAAAAUUUUCGCUUACUACGUCUUUUUGGCGGUUAGGGCUGAAUAUUUAACCGUAAAUAAUUUGUUUAUAUUUUCAGAUUUAACUAUGUCCCCAUUACAGCAUUAUAUUGUGGCACUGUUAGUACUUGUUCCCUCGAUCAUCCCAGCCGAUACAUUUUUCGCUGUGGCAGGCCGAAAAGUGAAGCGAACGGGGACUUACUUGAAUGUACCACCGCCGCCACAACCGCAACCACAGCCGUCGCCCAGCGCAGCUGCGGCACACCACGUGGAACAGGAACCCUAUCCUUAUGAAGAUGUCAACGAACAUGACUUUCACUCUCAACCAGACAUAGCGCGCUACGAAACUGAUUUUACGCCCACACAAACGCAAACCCACGCACAUACCCAUUCGCAUGCUCAUGCUACCGCUUCUGGAGGCAAAUACCUCAUCGACAAUGGAUUGCGUAGCAUUGCCAAAGGUUCGGCAGACCAAGCGAAUUCUGCAGUCGCCAGCCAAAAUGCUGCAGGCAAGCAAGCUGCUUACGUGGCAAAAAGUACGCUUGCACAAGCAGCGGCUCAAGCCGCUGGCACCGCAGUGGCCGUACUGAAAGGCAAGGAGGUGCUUCUGCGACGGCUCGAAGAGCAAAACAUAGAUGAACACAAGUCAUUGGAAGGUGAAAUAACGCAGCUGCAGCAGGCGAAACGCUCCGCCAAGACGGCACAAUAUGCCGCACAACAGUCCAUAAAUCAUGUAUCUGUGCUGACAGCGGCCCUCAACAAUGCACAAUCCGCCUCGGAGUUGACACAGAGAGCAGCAUCAGAGGCGGCCGCAGAGUUGGCUUCACAAAUCGAUAUGGUUUCGCAAGCCAAGGCGAAGCUAGAGCAAGUAGAGUCGCAGCUCUACACAGCUCGUUUGGAUUAUGAGGAGACGAAGGAGGCGGCUGAAAAGGCAACACUGUCGGCACAGGAGGCGCAGAUCAACGCCAACGAUGCUGCAGUACAUGCGAAUGUUGGGCUGAGUGAGGCGGUGCAUGCGGGAGCGCAUGACAAGAGCGAUCACGUUGCGGCGACGGUAAUCGGCUCAAAUACCGCCACUGACCAAACGCAAAGCUACGGGCGUAAAAAGAAGUGAUUAAAUUGAGUGGAGAAUGGAGAAUUGUUUUUGAGAGAUGCUAAGUUUUUGUUUUAAGGUUUUUCUAUCUAUUUAUUAAUCCUGAGAAUAUCAUUAAAAACUGCUGAUGAAUAAAAUUUGUUUUAAACAUUUUUUUAAGAA